CCCUAACCAGCCCAGCAGCCCUUACUCGUCAUCGUUCCAUAGUACAAAACGAUAAUAAACCCUAGGAAAUCCUGGUUGCUCCUUUGCCUUCCCUCGAGCUUUCAAAGACGCCGUCUCGUCGAAACCAGCACAUCAGCUCUCUCUCGCCGAUCUUCGUUUGUUGAGCGCCAAUGGCUCCCAAGAAGGAUAAGGCCCCGCCGCCGUCGUCGAAGCCGGCCAAGUCCGGAGGAGGCAAGCAGAAGAAGAAGAAGUGGAGCAAGGGUAAGCAAAAGGAGAAGGUCAACAACAUGGUCCUUUUCGACCAGGGUACCUACGACAAGCUUCUCUCUGAAGCUCCCAAGUACAAGCUCAUUACCCCUUCCAUCCUCUCCGAUCGUUUGAGGGUUAAUGGAUCACUUGCCAGGAAGGCAAUCAGGGAACUGAUGGCUAAAGGUCUGAUCAGGAUGGUGUCUGCCCAUUCUAGCCAGCAGAUCUACACUAGGGCUACCAACACCUAGAUUUUGCGUUUUUUAUGUCUUCGUUUCACCGUUUUCGCAUCUCAGAUGUUCUACAUGUCAGCAGUUUCUAAGAGUUGAUGACUUAUUUUAUCGAAAUAUUGUUGUUGACAGUAUUUUUGUUCUUGUUGAACAUGUUGAAAGUUUAUGCCGAUGUUGAGCUUUUUACGAUCUUUAGGCCUCCUCAUUUGCGAAGAAUGCAUAUGCGUUUGCUGGUUUUCUUUUCCCUGGUGUCGAUCGUAGGUGAUAUCCUAUGGUAUAAUCUCACCUUCAUUUACUCUUUCGUAAUGCGAUUUUGAGAGGCCAGAUGAUAGCUAUAUCGAUAACGAUCUAGUAAACUUGG